CUGUAUGCUGAUACUCACUACUGUGACUGGUACUUGUGAUGGUGGGUGCUGGUGCUGGUGCUGGUACUGCUACUUAGUAUGUGUUCAAUGAGUGCUGUGCCGGAGACUGCGCGGCUCUUUAUUCAUCCUCGACACUAGACACAGACUCUUCUGCUCAUGUCUUAUCAUCACUCCAGUACGUGACAACUCGUCUUGUCUGCUGGAGUUUUAUCACUCAUUUAUUUUUCAUUAUUUUAUUAUAUUAUUUCAUAUUUUUUUACAGUUAUGGAUUUUUUUACUCAUAGAUUAAACUAAAAUAAAAGAAGAUUGCCAGGAAAACAAUAAAAAUAAAAAAAAAUGACAACGAGAUCAAAGGAAAAAGUCGUGGCGGCGUUUAGAAAAAUAUUCAGAUCCUCGGAAAAAAUAACGAGUCACCACAACCAGGAGGAUGCCAGCAGCUCGACGAAUUCCCCUCGCAGGCUGCUGGGUCGGCAUCGCCCCGACGCGGUGACUCCAGCAGAAGCUGGACAUCUCAAAGAAGACCCAGGGACCAGCGCCCUCCAGGUACACAGGCUGUGCACGUGCAAGUCCAAGAAGGGCCACCUGGUAAACUGUCCCGCGCAGACGGGAAUCCCCGAGCGCGGGGUCCGGCUCAGAAGGCUGAUGAAGGAGCUCACAGAGAUACAAAAAUCCCAGCACCAGCGAGACGCGACUUUCACCGCGGAGUUGGUAAAUGACAAUCUCUUUGAGUGGCACGUGAGACUCCACAAAAUAGACCCUGAGAGUGAGCUCGCUGGUGACAUGAGGGAACUUAAUAUUCCACAUAUUUUAUUACAUAUUACAUUUCCGGAUAAUUUUCCAUUCGCGCCGCCUUUCAUGCGUGUUAUAUCUCCGAGAAUAGAGAAGGGUUUUGUUAUGGAGGGCGGUGCUAUUUGUAUGGAAUUACUUACUCCCAGAGGGUGGGCCAGUGCAUACACUAUCGAAGCUGUUGUUACUCAAUUUGCUGCUAGUAUAGUUAAAGGACAGGGUCGUAUUGCAAGAAAACCAAAAACAAACAAAGAAUUCAAUCGCCGGUCAGCUGAAGAGUCAUUUCGAAGUCUGGUAAAAGCUCAUGAAAAAUACGGAUGGGUGACACCGCCGCUCGCAGAAGGUUGAAGCAAAACUUUCUACAUGAACAUCCAUUUAAAUAAUUAAUUAAUUAAUAAAAAUACAUAAUAACGCAGGUAAAUAACCUGGGAUUGGUCCAAGCUUCCUCGAACCCUUUUAAAACAAUCAGAAAAAUUUUUAAUCACCAAUUAACGCGUUGCUAUUUUAUUCCUCUUAUAUAUUAAUAAUAAUAAAUGAAUAAAAAUCCAUACAGUACAUAAAUAUAUAAAUAUAUAUUUCUAUAUAAUCAUUAGCGUUAAUAAUGAAAAUAUUUAAGCCACGUUAUCAUUAAAUUUUAAGUAAUUAAAAUUUUAAAAACUAUAAUUUGUUGUUUUUGUUUUUGAUUAUUGAACUUUAAUUGUUGAAAAAAAGAAAUAUUUGAAUUCAAAAGUGAUAUUAAUGUUGGUUAAUUAAAAUGUAUGAUCAUAAGCUCAUAAAUUGACGAUAAAAAUAAUUAUAAUUAUAAAUAUAUAUAUAAAUAUUUACGACACCGGUACAAUGUUUGUUGUCUUUCAAUCAAAAAAUAACAUAAAUAAAAUGAAAACAUAAUUAAUUGCUAGUCAUGCUAUUGUACUGUGCCAAAUUAUAAACAAUAAAGAGUAAUUAAUUAAAGCUAAUGUUAAUUUAUUUAUUAAAAAAUUCAUUACAAAUAAAUACAGCACUUGCAGUAAUUAUUAAUUACUCAUUUAAAUGUACGGCUUAAUAAAUAUUUAGGCACUAGUUUUAUUACAUUUUUUUUUAUCUUCAAGGUAAAAAAAAAUUUACUAAUUAAUUAUUAUUACAUAAUUAUCAAUAUAAUAAUAAUAAAUACUAAUUAAAAUUAUUGUCCUUAUAUAUAAUUCGGAAUGUUUCCGAUUUAAUUAAUUAUAUAAUUUAAUUAUUGGAUCUACGAGUGACAAUUGUAUUGGCUGAUAUGUUUUUACAAAAGGCCUCUAGGCUUAUGGGCUUGUUAAUUAAUUUAUUAAUUAAUUACGUAAUAAGAGUAAUUCUUAAUAAAAAUAAAUAAUAAUAAAAGCAGCCUGAAUCGCUUGAUCAACUUGUAGACACAACUUGUACGGUUGACUUAAACUCGAUCAACUCAAUUUACUCAAUCGAAAUUUAAAUAGAUAAUAAAAUUUAUGUGUAUAUGUAUAUAUAUAUAUGUAUAUAAUUGAACAUUGAAGACACUUUUUCAUUGCGCAAUUGAACAAAUAGUUUGUUUUUGUUAGCGUACUAACGUUCGUUAGUAAAUUUUCGAUCCCGGGUAAAAAUAUUUUGCCGAAAUCACGAAAACCGUAAAAUUUUAUUGGAAAAACUCGAAAGUUUGCCGAAAAAUAGAGCCGGCCUAUUUUCAGGCAUAGUAUUUUUUUUUUUAAAUAAUUUGGAAAAAUUUCAAGCAACUUAAUGUAGAAUAGAAAAUUUCCAAGAUUCCGGCCAUUUUUAGGCCUAGACGUCGCCCAAAUUUCGGCCCGUUCACUGCUUGGGCUUUUUGUAGGCCGAGAAAAAAUUUUUAAAAAAACUUUUUCGCCUGAAAUUUUUUGUACCUGGGAAAUCUUCUUUUCGUUUAUCUAAUUUAGUUUAUAUAUUUUUUUUAAUCAGUCAUCUUUCUCUUCGGAUACGCACAUAAAAAGUUUUGCGCACGUGACAUUGACAUUAUCUGAAAUAUUUAUAAUAAUUAUUAUUUAUUUAUUUUAUAAUCAUAUCAUAUAUUUACUUACGGGAAGCAUUUUCCAGCCACUUGGGUUUCUUUUGCCAUUGAACAAAAAUAAAGUACACAGGAAUACCUGACAAAAUUAUCAUAACUGCACUUCCUACUUCCAAUGGUUUGACAUAACAGGGUACAGUUACCAAAAAUAUACAUAUCAUUAAAAAUAAUAUUGGCAGCACUAAUGAUACCUGUAGUAAAAAAAUAAAAUUAUUCGCAUUUUUUUAUUUUUGAGUAAAAAUAUUUAAAAAACAUUUUUUGUCGACAUAAAAAUUCAUUUAAAAAAUUAAUUGAGUGAAUUAAAUAAAAUAUGUUGGUAAGUCAAAUAAAAAACCUUGACAAAUUAAAUCUAAUAAAAAUUAAAUGAAACUUUUUGAGGUCAAAUUCUCAAGAAUAUUUUCUUUUAUUAAAUUAAUAAAGACGGAUUUAAAUUUAAAUAUCAUAAUAAAAUGAAAAUUAAAUGUAUUUAUAUACAUGUAUAAGUUUGCAUAAAAUAUUUAUAUCGGUACCUUAAUAGGUCGAUGAAGAUCAGGCCUUUUGUACCUCAACCAGAGCAGACCCGAUACUGACAUCGUAAUGAAGACUGCCUCAACAAAACUGACAUAAGUGAUCAGCCCCUCAAUGUCCUUUGGUACCAACAGCGCCAGUGUGAUAAUGCA